UAUACACAUCAUAUAGCUUUACGUUCUUCCCUCUCUUCACGUAGCUGCAAAAACUCGCGUCUCGUGCACGGAUCGUGCGGCGUUUACAAAUUCCUUUCGCAAGCGUUAAAAUCAAAGCACAAGUGUUAAAAGGAUUGUGAAUUUGCUGUGUGCGUGAGGAUUAUCAAUACCAUUGCAUCGCAGGAUAUCAGGAAGGGAUUUUGCGUUUCGUUCGCUUCAACUUUUCGUUGUCAUUGUGAUUUAGGAUGAAGCUGCUGCGUUCAGCAUCAUUGCUGGCCCUAGUGUUGCUGCUGGCCAUCAGCGCACGCGCCGAAGAAGAAAAAGCCGCCGAAACCAAAUCCGCUGAACCCGCGAAAGAAGGUGCCGAGAAAGCCUCUGCCGCCGACGAUAGCGAGAGCACCAAAACCAAACGUGGUCUACAUCAUUUCGAGGAUUAUCACCAUUCGUACCAUCAUCCCAUUCAUGAGGAGAAAACAUUGACCAUUAUCAAGAAAGUGCCAGAGCCUUACCCGGUUGAAAAGAUUGUGCACGUACCCGUCGAAAAGCAUAUACCAGUGCCGAUUAAGGUCAAAGUGCCCAAACCAUAUCCCGUGGUCAAGCAUAUACCUUAUGAGGUGAAGGAAAUCGUAAAGGUGCCACAUGAAGUGCCCGCCCCCUAUCCGGUUGAGAAGAAGGUGCCCUAUCCAGUACAUGUACACUAUGAUCGUCCAGUGCCCGUGAAAGUUUACGUACCCGCUCCCUACCCAGUUGAAAAGAAGGUGCAUGUGCCAGUGAAAGUGCACGUGCCCGCUCCCUACCCAGUUGAGAAGAAGGUGCAUGUGCCAGUAAAGGUGGAAGUUAAGGUUGAGAAACCAUACCCAGUUGAGAAGAUCGUGCACUAUCCAGUCAAGGUGCAUGUCGACAAACCUGUGCCUUAUCAUGUAGAAAAACCAGUACCAUACCAUGUGGAGAAACCAGUGCCAGUGCCAGUUAUCAAGAAGGUGCCCGUUCCAGUACAUGUACCCUACGAUAACCCCGUGCCUGUGCAUGUUGACAAACCAGUACCAUAUGAAGUGAAAGUACAUGUGCCAGCACCUUACCCAGUUAUCAAGGAAAUCCCAGUCAAGGUUGAAAAACAUGUGCCCUACCCAGUCAAGGUACCAGUCGAGAAACCAGUGCCCGUUCACAUUGAAAAACACGUACCCGUCUACCAUGAGAAACACAUCUCCUAUAAGGAACCCGUUUUCGUGCACAAGGAAAUCCAUGAACACGAGCCCGUCCAUCACCAUGAAGAAUAUCAUGAAGAGAGCCACGACUUUGGUGGUCAUGAGGUGGAAUCAUAUGGCGAAUACGAACAUGAGGAGCAUGAAUACUAAUAUGGCAAUUCUAUCUCUCUCCAUCUCUCUCACUCAUAUACCUCAUUCACACAUAAUGCCCAUAUGCCUUUGCCUUGCUCUCCGUCUACGUAAACUCCGUCACACGUCUGCUCCUUCCCUCUCUCUCUCCCUCUUUCUUUCGUUACAGCAUUGAGAAAAAGUUGUGAAUAAAGACCUUCGAACACUCGACGUUCAGACGAACCAGAGAGAAAGCGAGCUAAAGGAUAUGGAUGAUGCGACUCGAAAGACGAAAAAUAUGAAAAGUGAGAUGAAUUGAGAAAAAUUUACCGUAACCGCGUGAUCGUGAUAAUGGAACGUUUUGGAACU